AGGUAACAUUUGAUUAAGAUUUCUAUCACCUGAUAAUUUCUUCUUUUAUCCUUUUCUUCCUCACUACUAUGCUCCUCAAUUCAUUUAUUAACCUCUCUUUCCAAAUAAGAAUAAUUUUGUCAUCCAAGAUUCUAAUUUUCUACUUUAUCUGGACCAAUUCUCUUCCGUCACCCCAUUCCUUCAGUAUUAUGUUAUUUGCUUCAGGAAAUUAAACCAUGGCAUGCCAGCCAUCCUUCACAACCACCUCUGUUUUUUUUUUCUUUUCUCUCCACUUCUGUGCCACUCUCAGGUGCUCUAGUACCUCAGUGUGGUCUGACUUUACAGCUGCUCCUGCUUUGAGCAGGAGAGUGGACUUGGUCAGGGGAGGUCAUUAUCAACUUCUGUGAUCCUGUGAUACUGAUCUGCUUGCUUUCAAAGCAGUAACACAUUGAAGGGCUGGUUUUGGCUUGCAUUCCUAUGUGUUUGGAAUUCUCUACUCAGUCCCAAGUAAGAUUUAAAAAAAUAUUCUGCUCCUUCCAAGUGAUUGCAUUUAUUGUCUAGUAAGAAAAACUAUGUUCAAGGUAAUUUAAAACGGACACAAUCAAAUAAUAGGUUUUAUAUGUUGAUUAGCAGUAAAGAUAUUAAAGUAAGUUUAUCAUACUCUGUGUUCAAAGUAGUUGUACAAAGAAAGUACUUUAAAAUCCUUGUUUAGUGUCUUUUAUGUGAGAUCAAAUACUUGUUUAAUCUUGCACAGUAUUCUCCACAGAACCAAUUAACUUAUUCUUUUUAUAUGCUGCUGCUCAGAAAGUCUUUGUAAUUAACAGAAAAGUAAGCACUUUAAGCUUGUAUUUUUUAAAAGUACAUUUUUCAUAAGGUACAUAUUUCUUAGGAAAGUUUGUGAAAAGUAGAAGAAUUGAAAAUUUUAAUCUUAAUUUUUAGUAUCUUUUGGUUGUCACUGGAGGACAAUAAAAGCAACUGGCAAUUCUAGAUUUUUUUGUAGUGAAUUUCCUUUAUUAGGAGAUUCUAUGCUUUUGUCUUGAGCUUUAUAAUGAUUUAGUUGAAUGUAUAGCGGGCAGAAUUACAUCUGUUCUUAAUGUAACGUUUACCUAUGAGAUGUGACAAUACAAAAUCUGCAAAAUUAAAUUUAACUGUCGUUGCCUUUAAAUAGGACAUACAAUAUGCUUAAAGCACUGUCAGUAUUAACUUUUGGAAAUUAGGUAUGUAUCAGCUCUCAAAUGUUUUUAUUUCAAAAGAACCAAUAAUUUUUAAAAAAUUGAAUUUAAUAGAAAUUUUCAGUGAUUUCAUUUCAAUAGCAAAGAGCCCAGAAAAUUAACUCAUCAGAAUAAAGCUGUGUAAAAAUACAUUUUUUUGUAAUCUUAAUUCAAACCUCUAGAGAAGUUUUCUAAUUGUACCCUAUGCUUUCAUGCUCUGUUUUUCACUUGAAGAAGUUUUUCAAAAUUUUAUUAAUAAUUUUGGUGAUCUUUGUAAGAAAAUGAGAUGUUUUUAUUAAAACACAGUCUAGUAGGGAUGUUUCUCAAUCUUUAUAGAAAAAGAAGUACAUCAUUGUCUUUUUUUAAUGCAAACUGGAAAUGCUAUUUUUUCUUUUUGGAACUGUUUUCUUACAAGUCUUUAUUCUAGUACUUUCAUAAACCCCUCAUGCUACUGCCAUUUUUCUGUUUUAUCUUCCCCCAGUUCCCGACUCUUAAGCUGGGCAUUUUGUCUAACACUAGUAAUGUGUAUUUGAUAUUGCUGGAAGUUAGAACACUGCUUUUUACUACAGUAAAGACUGUUCAUGUUUCUAGUCUAUAAUAAAAUCAGUCUGCAGGCUUUAACUUAAAUUUAUGAGCAUGCUUGAUACUUUUCAUAGCUUUUCUUUUUUCUUUGAAGGCAAGGAGGAGGAAGAUGAGCAGGCAUAUGCCAAAAUGAGGUAUCUGGAACAUGAUCAUCUGUGUUCAGAAAUGUAACCUACUAACACAGGCAGGAAAAGCAUUUUCAUUAGCUAUUCAUGCAAAUAAUGACAGUUCACUUUUUCUAUUAAAAAGAUUUAUCCUGCUGUUCUGUAUACGUGAUAUCUUAUCUCUUUGAAAAUGUAACAAGCCCACUUGUAAUGCAAGGUGUGAAAGGCCCUUGUUGACUUAGUUUAAGAACAAGGGUAGUAAAACUGCUGAUCUGUGGACUAAGGCUUUCAUCUUUCAUAAUUACCUUUGAAAUACAGAACACCUUAGAAUGUGAUUCCAGGCCCACCAGGAUAAAUGUUAAUGGUGUCAUUGAUUGUUCAUCUCCAAUUGGUCAGUUUGACUAGUUUUAUAUAGCCAAAAAGACUAUGCUUUGGAAUAGACAUCAGAUGGCAGUAUUUCAUAGCAUAAAAGAAGAGAACUCUGUCUGUACAGACUGCAUUAUUUAAAAUAAGUACUUGGAGUUGUUAUGCAGUUGCUAAUACAUUUUACUAAGUAGAGAAAAAACAGUCUAACAGAGACUGUUAAAACAUUCCAGUUAAAAGCCUUUUAAUAUAUCAUGCUCUUAUCUUGUCUACUUGUUGAAGACCAGUUCUGUGUAUACUGCUCUUCCAAUCAAGAAGGUGUGGAAGCAGUUAUUGUGGUAGUUAUGUAUUAGUUAUGAUUUAGUCAAAUUCUUUUUCUGUCUGUGAAAUAACACUUCAUUUCCAGUUUUAAUUUUAUUCUUAAUGAAACAGCUUAAAAUUUUGUGGUUUUUAAACUUUUAAUAAUAUCUGGGCUUUAUUCUAUAUUUGGUCAGUGUUAAUUUUUAUAUAAUGAUUAAAUUUUCUAUAAAACCUUAGAAAAAUACACAAAGAUAUAAUGCAUAGUGAUUUUUGCAUUCUGUAGUGCUGUUCAAUACUGAGUUAAAUUUGCAAGUACAUUGUUAUCAAAUUUCACAUAUGACGCAGUACAGUUAAAACUUGUCUACAUAAUGGGGUUGGCACCUGAUAGCAAUGUCAUUCUUAAUGUAAGCUGACCUUUCCUCUGCUGUUCUGAUCUACUCCUGUCAGCAUCACGAUGUUCUCUUCAUAAUCCUCAUCAGGAAUUGUGGCUUCAGUGCUAAGUACAAAGGUGAUUCCUCUCCAUUGUGAGAGAAAGCUGCUUUUGCAGGAUUUCUGAUUUUGCUGUGAAACAGGGAGCAGUAUUUGCCUUUCACACCUGGUCAUGCAAUUGUAAAUGCCCUUCAUCUCACCGAAAGCCAAGAUGUGUGUGCCUCAAAGGAAAUUCUUAUUCACAAAGGAUAGCUGGAUUCUGAGACAAAGCAUAAGAGGAACAAUAUACUGCAACAAUGAAAAUUAUAUGAAACCAGUCUUCUGAUUUUAAAAAGAAAUCUGUUGCAGAGAAUUCUCUCACAAAAUGUUGAUUCUUUGUUCCUGUAGGAUGAACAGGAAGUAUGGUUAUAACUGAAAAGACUGUUGUUGUUACUGUUGCUAUAAAACAAAACUUCAAGCAAAUUUUCACCUGCCUCCUGUUAUUAGAGUUCAUCUCCUAUAAGUGAGUUAUCAACACAGUUGAACAUGUUUAUAAAAUCUUUGUUUUUUGUAAUGAAUGAAGUUAGAUAUUUUAUUAAAACUGAAAAAAAGUGCAAGGCCCAGGUUUGAUUUAAAAAGGUGUUGUAUCAUAAAAUUGCACCAAUAUCUUAUUUGCAUAAUUACAUGAAAAUUAAUAUGGAAUUUAUUAGCUGUAUGCAUUCACCAAAUAAAUGCAAGUAGUUUUGCCAUUUUAUCUUCUGGAAGUUCUCUUUGAAUAGCUUUUGCUAUUCUAUCUCCCCAUCAUCUGUAAAUAGAAAAAAGGCAUUCUUUAGUUCAAACACUGGUAAUAUUAUGAUGAAAAUAAUAAAAUAAGAAUAUCUAAUUAAACACAUACUAGUAGCUGUCAUAGUCAUGUUUGUUGUGCAUCUCUUAAAUGUUGGGUUUGUUUUUCUGAAAAUACAUGAUAGCAAGUAUCUGACUUUCCUAAAUGCAUUUGGAAACUGCUUGUGAUAAACUGGCUUAAGGGCAGGGAGGAGAAGGCAGAAACUAAGCCCUUUUGCACUAUUUAAUUGUAGCAUUUUCUAGCUUAAGAGGUAAUAGUUUGGAAUCUUGAAUUUUUCCUGGGGACAAAUACAAACAUGGUAGAUCCUUGAAAAAACAUAAGAGGUUAUUCAGGAGUCUCUCUUCCUCUCCAUCUCCCUGAAGGUUCAGGAAUAAGCAAAGGAAAGAAUAAUCAAACAAAGGAGCACACAUCUGAUGUUUAAGCCCUCCUCCAGCACUUUUUAUGUACAUAACCAGAAGUCACUCAAGCAGCUGCAGCACAUUAGUUACGAUAGUUUAACAGGCAGCUUUACAGCUCUGAUAAAGGUUGUGCUAAAGCAAUUUCUUCCUCUCAUGCUCACUUGCUAUGAUAGCUCAGAAGUGAUCUUUGGCAGUAGGGCUGUGAAAGGAGUGGUAAUGUUUAAUCGGUUUCUGUGGAGGAGUUAGCUUGCUUUUUCCUUUGUAGAUCAUUAUCUAUAGAAAGACGUUAAGGGCAGGCACACCAUGUUGAAAACAGAAUAGGCUGAACUGGUGCAGGGUCUCUGAACAGUUCUUGGGAACUGAUUUAGAACGGAAAUAUUUUAAGCAGUUAAGCCAACAUUAGAUUGUGUUAGACCUUAAUAACAAAGUUACUUGAGAAACAUGGCUCAGAAGACAAGUUCGGAGAAUUUGCCUGUUCCUGAAGUGGAUAAUACACACAGUCAAAAUCCAUGGCUAAAUGAAGAUCUUGUGAAGACCCUGAGGGAAAACCUGUUGCAACAUGAAAAGUCCAGGACAACUCAAAAAUCUUCACCUGCUUCUCCCCGGCUAUGUCCAGUUAUUUCUCCUCGAAACUCUCCCAGGCUCUUGAGAAGGAUGUUUUUAAAUAGCAACAUACCAAAACAGCGUCGUUUCACUGUGGCACAUACCUGUUUCGAUGUAGACAAUGGUACAUCAUCCGGACGAAGUCCCUUGGACCCCAUGACAAGCCCUGGGUCAGGGCUAAUUCUUCAGGCAAAUUUUGUCCACAGUCAGCGUAGGGAGUCUUUCCUUUACCGGUCAGACAGUGAUUAUGAUCUGUCUCCAAAGUCCAUGUCCAGGAAUUCCUCCAUUGCCAGUGAUAUACAUGGAGAUGACUUGAUUGUGACACCAUUUGCUCAGGUUCUGGCCAGCCUGCGUACUGUCCGGAAUAACUUUGCUGCAUUAACCAAUUUACAGGACCGGGCACCCAGCAAAAGAUCACCCAUGUGUAGCCAACCAUCUAUUAACAAAGCAACUAUAACAGAGGAGGCCUACCAAAAACUGGCUAGCGAGACCAUGGAGGAGCUGGACUGGUGCCUGGACCAGCUGGAGACCCUGCAGACCAGGCACUCCGUCAGCGAAAUGGCCUCGAACAAGUUUAAAAGAAUGCUCAAUCGUGAGCUAACCCACCUCUCUGAAAUGAGCAGGUCAGGCAAUCAGGUCUCAGAAUAUAUAUCAAACACUUUCUUAGACAAGCAACAUGAAGUUGAAAUCCCUUCUCCAACACAGAAAGAGAAAGAGAAAAAGAAGAGGCCAAUGUCCCAGAUCAGUGGAGUCAAAAAACUCAUGCACAGCUCCAGCCUAACUAAUUCCAGUAUUCCCAGGUUUGGAGUUAAAACAGACCAAGAAGAUGUCCUUGCCAAGGAACUUGAAGAUUUGAACAAGUGGGGCCUUCAAGUUUUCAGAGUAGCUGAGUUAUCUGGAAACAGACCUCUGACUGUCAUCAUGCAUACUAUUUUUCAGGAGCGGGACUUGUUAAAAACUUUCAAGAUUCCAGUAGAUACUUUAAUAACUUACUUGAUGACCCUGGAAGACCAUUACCAUGCAGAUGUGGCGUACCACAAUAACAUUCAUGCUGCAGAUGUCGUUCAGUCAACCCAUGUCCUACUGUCAACCCCAGCAUUAGAGGCGGUGUUUACUGAUUUGGAGAUUCUUGCAGCAAUUUUUGCCAGUGCAAUACAUGAUGUAGAUCAUCCUGGAGUUUCAAACCAAUUUCUUAUCAACACAAAUUCUGAACUCGCCUUGAUGUACAAUGACUCAUCAGUACUGGAGAAUCAUCACUUAGCUGUGGGUUUCAAGCUGCUGCAGGAAGAAAAUUGUGACAUUUUCCAGAAUUUGACCAAAAAACAGAGACAAUCAUUGAGGAAAAUGGUCAUUGACAUUGUACUUGCAACAGAUAUGUCUAAGCAUAUGAAUCUACUGGCUGAUUUAAAAACUAUGGUUGAAACUAAAAAAGUGACCAGUUCUGGUGUCCUGCUUCUUGAUAACUAUUCAGACAGGAUUCAGGUUCUUCAGAAUAUGGUGCACUGUGCAGAUCUGAGCAACCCUACCAAGCCACUCCAUCUCUACCGCCAAUGGACAGACAGAAUAAUGGAGGAAUUUUUCCGUCAGGGAGACCGGGAAAGAGAGAGGGGAAUGGAGAUAAGUCCCAUGUGUGAUAAGCACAAUGCAUCUGUAGAAAAAUCGCAGGUGGGUUUUAUAGAUUACAUUGUUCAUCCUUUGUGGGAGACAUGGGCAGAUCUCGUUCACCCAGAUGCCCAGGAUAUCUUAGAUACACUGGAGGACAAUCGAGAAUGGUACCAGAGCACAAUCCCUCGAAGUCCCUCUCCUGCACCUGAAGAAAAAGAAGAGGGAAAGCAGGGUCAAACUGAAAAAUUCCAGUUUGAACUAACACUGGAGGAAGAUGGUGAGUCAGACACCGAAAAGGACAGUGGAAGUCAAGUAGAAGAAGACACCAGCUUCAGUGAUUCCAAGACUCUUUGCACCCAGGAUUCAGAAUCCACUGAAAUUCCUCUUGAUGAACAAGUAGGGGAAGAAGUGGAAGAGGAGGAGAACCAAACAGCAGAGCCUUGUGUGGUAGAAGAACAUUCUCCUGACACAUAACAAUGAAAAUACAGUCUCU